AUCGCCUGCCCUCGACUAAGCAUUGACUGGGGCACCGAGUUUCCGCGACCUCUAUUGACUGCUUACGAGGCAUAUGUUGCUCUCGGACUAGCUGGACCCCAACCACCUGGCUGGUAUUUACAGUCAGUCAGCCAUGAUAGAACAGCUACUCAAGUUGCCCUCAAUGAUGAUCUAAAUGAUGCCUACCCGACAGACUAUUAUGCCCUUGAGAGUUCGGGCCCUUGGACACCUAACUACAUUGAUCAUCGGCCUAAGCAAUUGGGCCUACUACGUCCUCGACAGCCCUUAGAGGCAAAAAUAUUUGUAUCUUCGAAGUCAGAAGAAGUUUGCUGUCGAAGUUUGGAUGAAUGCUAG